AUGGAGGAUGCGGAGAGGCACCUGGCUGGGCAGAGAUGCGCCAGCGAGGAAGAGGCACUCCUCCCUGCCCUUGGGGGCCCUCGCCGGCCCUCCUCUUGCUCCUCUUCCUCUCCUUUCCACGGUGCCUGGCCAUGGUGGGAACCCGAGUGCCCUCUGCCUGCGGAUUGCCCACCUGAGCCACCCACCUCGCCCCAGGUUGCACCAUCCCUCGAUGGCUGUCCUGCUGCCUCACACUGCGCACGGCAGCGAGGGAGGAGCAUGCUCCGGCCAGGGAUGCCCUGCGACCAGAGGAUUGCUUACUGUGACCAGGGGGCAGGGGCCCAAGCUGGUUUCGGGAUCUGUAUGGACCUUGAAGGAGACAACUGUGUGUUUGAUGGAAUUAUUUACCAGAGUGGAGAAACAUUCCAGCCCAACUGUAAAUACCACUGCACAUGCAGAGACGGACAGAUAGGCUGUGUACCCCGAUGUAACCUUGACCUCUUGCUUCCUGGUCCAGAAUGUCCCUUCCCAAGAAAAAUUGAAGUCCCUAAAGAGUGCUGUGAGCAAUGGUCCUGUGACUCCAAAGAGGACGUAGAUGUGGGAGGCUUUGCAAUGGCAGCAUACAGACAACAAGCCACUCUUGGAAUGGAUGGUUCAGAUUCGAGUUCCAACUGUAUUGAGCAGACAACGGAAUGGAGUGCAUGUUCCACAAGUUGUGGAAUAGGUAUCUCCACUCGGGUCACCAACAAGAAUCCAAUGUGUGAGUUGAUGAAAGAGACCAGACUCUGUGAAGUACGGCCAUGUGAAAAGAGCCAGUUGCCGCAGAAGAAGGGGAAGAAGUGUGUCCGGGCCAAGAAGUCUCUAACAGCUAUCCACCUGGAGUACAAUAACUGUACCAGUGUCCUGAUGUAUAAACCUCGUUAUUGUGGCAUCUGCAAUGAUGGACGAUGUUGUACCCCACACACCACAAAAACAAUCCAGGUUGAGUUCCGUUGUCCUGCAGGCAACCUCAUCAAGCACCCUAUGAUGUCCAUCUCUACCUGUGUUUGUCAUGGAAACUGUCCUCAGGAUAGCAAUGCUUUCUUUCGAAAGCUUGGUUGAACAAGCUAGUCAAGAGUAUAAAAUGAACUACUUCAAAAGGGGAAAUAUUUUAAAAAUUAAUAUCUAAAAUGGAAAUAUCCAUCUGGAUAAUGUUGUUCUGUUUCCUUCUAAACAGUCUUUGAUAGAGUUGGGUUAAGGAAGUAUUGUACUUAAAGAUACAAUCUCUUUUCUAUUUGCUUCAUGUGGAGUUCUUCAGUCUUUGCUUGCUCCAAACGUUGUCAACUCAUCUAAACAUUACCAUGGAACAUUGGCUGGGGGAGGGAAAGUAUUCCAACAUGCCUUUCUUUAUUAAUGUUAAGGUUUCUUACAAAUGGUGAACACUAAGGUUCUGGUUCCUUAGUUUUGUGUGCCAUUUCAACAUUCUUAAAGAAGUGUAAACUCCAUGCACAAGAUGUUUGUAUUCAAAAUGGCCUUAUUGUUGCACCAUUAUAUGCAUCCAGAUGUUGAGCACAGCAUGUAUCUAUAAAGUAAGAGGCUGAAAUCUUAAUACUGAAACAAAACCAUGUUAGGCAAGGGAGUUUUUCUCUGAUGGAAGCCAAAGACAGUUCCCAAGAAGCACAAAACUGAAUGCAUUUUUCUUUUCCAGCAGAUGAACAUGACUGUAAAAUGUAAAAACUCUACAGUUUCUUUUCCUGUCCCCACCAGUCAGUGCACUUCUAUACCAUUUCAGUUUUUGUUCCAGCCCAGAGGCUGGCACUAGCAAACAUGUACAGCCUGUCCAUUGACACUUUUCUUUAUCUACUGAUACUUGAAGUAUCUCCAAAAUUGUACAAACCUGGGAAGACUGCAGGUCUUGAAAGAUCAUUGACAAAUGCAUUUAUUAUGUCUCGAGUAUGGUUACCAUCUGGAAGACUCUCCCAUGGCUAGGACAAAAAAAGAGUGAGGCAGUGGCAGAUGUUCUUGAAACCCACUUAAAUGAGCACUGAUCAUUUUUGAAGUCUACAUGAACACACACUGCCCAUCUCCUUCUUGAUCUUACCUUGUGAACUGGUUUUGUGGGCUAUUCCAAUGUGCUCUGACAAAAAGAAAAAGAAAAUCAGUUACAGAGAAUAGGAGCUGCAGUUUUUAAAUGUGUGCUGCAGUAGCCAGUGCACUGAAAUAGACUUGCAAGCACAUGAAGGCAGUUCUGUCAUGCUCGUGUGAAUUUAUCUCUUCAGAUAGAUCUACUUGAACUAGGAUUAUUGCAGACCCCAGUACAGUAUAUUUCAACUUGUGUUUCAUAGCCAAAUUUUCUACAAUCAGAUUUAGUAUGACAGAGUAUUCACUUUGUAUUCUGGGCUGAAGCUUAAGGCUGCACUUUCUUUUUGUGGUGAGAAAGCAAACAUUGUAAAUCUCUAAAAUUAGAUCUGUGUUUUAUAGAAAUGGCAAUGUAAAUAGAAAGUAUACAUAGGACAGUCAUGUUUGUUUUUGUUUUUUGUAAAUGUUCAAAUGUUACUGAAUAAAAUUUAUCUUACUGUGUAAUA